AUUUUUAUUUUAUUUUAUUUUUUCCUGUGUACGAGGGCUUCGCAUUUUCCAGUGUGAUCUGCGGCUGGAACCGCUGUUUUUUCCUGGUUUUUUUGUCUACUCGUGUGCAGUCCGGCGGUCGGGGCUAUUGUUUCCGGAUCCUUGCGGCGUUGGCGUUCUCUGGCGUGGUGUUGCAUUGGUGUUGCGAUAUUUGCGGCGGUUCAGUUGCGUUGCAGGUAGGCCGCUUGUCGUCGACGUCUUCCCCGAUAUGGUGGAGCGGCUGUGUUUUACAGAAAGGUCAAGUGCAGUGGAGGUGUUCCACUCUUUUUUCGUUCAACGAUUCGCAUUGCAAAGUGGCGCUAGUGGUGCUAUGCCGCUCGAUGUCGAUAGCGUCGAUCAUGAACGGCUGGAGCAAGCUUGGUGUUGGAGUUGCCAUGCGGCGAGAAAGCGCGGUUGUCCUCCUAAAAUUAUUAUAUGGGAACUGCUGCUCGGUUCUCGCGGCUGUUUUCUCGAGUGGCGAAUUUCGGUUCGACAUUGGCGGAACAAGUCCCUGCGUGGUGGACUUUUGGGCUUAGCUGUGUCAUUGUUGCAGCCUUUGCUUCAUCUGGCUAUCGCUGUCCUUCUCAAAAGCUUAAGUUCAAGUGGUUCAUGCAUCCUUAUAUUGUUGCUAGAGCAAGGAUUGGCGGUGGUGAGUUCUCCUCGAAGAAGGCUGGUUGUGCUUGCGAAAGGAAUCAAGAGGCCGCGGCAUUGUGUACAAGCUGUGAAGGUUCUCCCAAGAGGAUAUCAACGGUUCUUCAUCGACAAUUGCUGCUGUUCAGCGGUAUUGAGUAGUUCUGCAGAAAACAGACUUCACACACCCUACAUUGCUGCGGCUACUCAUCCCAGAGCAACAUGUGGAUGUGGCUGAAAGGAAGCAACUAGUUUAUAAAUUAGAAUUAACGUAGCUCUUACAGUGACGUCAAGCUGCAGAUCUUGCCAUUGUGAACCACCAUUCAUCAACUCUUCUAGGCAACACUUGAAGGAUCGGAUCAUUACCAAACAAAGCCAGAGAGCAAACUUGUUGGGGGAGUUCUCAUCUGGAAUGGAGAGGAAAGUAGUUCUCGAAGCUAUCGUUGGAGUGGAAGGAGCGCCUUGUGGAGUCAAAGGUUCAUCUUCUACGUCCAUUAUUAGUUGGGAGAUUGUAAGGUGAAUACAAAGUUUAUAGGAUGAAUUUAGGUUUAGGCAAGUAAUUAGGGUUCAAUGGUGUUAGGAUAUUGGAUGAAUUAACUUUAAAUGAAUUCUGUUGAAGAUGAAUAGUCAUUUGUAAAUAAAAAGUUAUUUGCAAAUGAUUUAUUAUUGAAGGA